UUGUUCAUGUCUGAUGAUGCUCCGGUCACACGUGUCUGUGACUCCAAACGAAGAAUUUACCAGGAAAACAAACUUCUGAAUAAACUCAUAUCCGUGUGAGCAUCGUCUGCUGACGGACGGCUUCACCGGGCUGACAGGACUGACAACACGGGCAUGUUUACGCACGACGGUUGCGCGCAUUACGCACUAAUCCUUUAGGAGAAAAACAGCAGAAAAAAAAAAACCCAAAACACUUGACUUGGUUGAAGUCGCAGAUUUAAGUUGGAGCUGCGCCAAUACAAACAUCAGACCAGCAGGGGGAUGCGUUCAGACCCGUUCAGUAAUGCCAUCAGUGAUGUAACAAGUGCUAUUAAACUAUGCAGGCUUGUUCGGCAGAGAAGAGGAGAAAAGACCGAAAUCAUCUCGCAUCUUCUCUCCACGUGCAGUCCGUGCAUCUGCGUCCCGCAACUGUCGUCUUCAGACAUGCUGAGCAUCUGCGUGUGUCUGUGCGCCCUGUUCACGCACGUCCUCUCUCGGGAGGCUGAGGAGCCGAUCUCCUACACUUGUACCGAGGGAUACGAGUAUGACCGAGUCAAAGAGCAGUGCAGAGACAUCGAUGAGUGUAAGCUCCUGGACGAUGCCUGUAAAGGAGGCAUGCGGUGCAUCAACCACUACGGUGGAUACCUGUGCCUUCCCAAGAGCGCCGUCAUCUACGUCUCUCAGGAGGCCACCGCUCCAGAAGCCGUCCUCCCGGUCGCUCCCAACCAGCCUCCCAUCCCGGCGGUGCCUCCCACCGACCCGCGACUCCCUCAGACCCCCCGGACCGUCCGCUGCUCAGCGGGAUUCACGGCCGAUGAGCAAAACCUGUGCAGAGACAUAGAUGAAUGCACCACAGGGAGACACACCUGUGGUCCAGAGCAGACAUGCUACAACACCAGAGGCUCCUACACCUGUCAGUGUCCCCCAGGCUUCCAGAAGAACGGGGACCACUGCGUGGACAGAGACGAGUGCUCCCUCACCCACUACUGCAUGCACAGAUGUGUCAACACCCAGGGCUCGUACUACUGUGAGUGCAACACGGGUCACAAGUUGGCCAGCAACAACCACAGCUGCGUGGAUGUGAACGAGUGCGAUGUUCAAAGCCCCUGUCAGCACCACUGCUAUAACCUGAUUGGUUCCUUCCUGUGCCAGUGUGACCGGGGCUACGAACUGGCACAAGACAUGGUUUCCUGUAAAGAUAUUGAUGAAUGCAGCUUCUCCAGCUACAUGUGUCAGUACAAGUGUGUUAACAGCCCAGGAAGUUACUCCUGCGAGUGUCCGGAGGGAUAUCAGCUCCAAGGAAACAGGUUGUGUCAAGACGUAAACGAGUGUGAGACAGGGACCCAUAACUGCCAAGAUGAAGAAAUGUGCUGGAACUAUUAUGGGGGCUUCCGCUGCUAUCCCAGAAACCCCUGUGAGGCGCCGUAUGUCAAGACCUCUGAAAACAGUCGCUGCAUCUGCCGAUCUCACACCGACUGCCAGGGACUCCCGCCGUCGGUCGUCUACAAGUACAUGAGCAUACAGGCGGAUCGCACCGUGCCGGCGGACAUCUUCCAGAUCCAGGCCACCAACAUCUACACCAACACACACAACACCUUCAGGAUCAAAUCUGGGAAUGAGGGAGGAGAGUUCUUCCUGCGGCGUUCCAGUAACGUGAGUGCCAUGCUAGUGCUCACCAAGCCUCUCUCUGGUCCCAGAGAGUACAUCGUCGACCUGGAGAUGGUCACUCACCAUCUCACCAUGAACUACCGCUCCAGCUCAGUGCUGCGGCUCACCGUCAUAGUCGGACCUUACGCUUUCUGAGCGGAUCCAAA